AUGCAGACCUCAAUCCGGAGUCGAGACACGGGCGCGAGCUUCGCAGCCCGGAGGGGGCACCUUCCACAGUUGUCGAUCAGCGACGAGAGCCAUCAUGUCACCGAGACGAUCGGCUACCUCUACGACGAUGAGCACGAAAACGAGUCGCGACAACAUUCAAUAUCCUCACGCCAACAUGCAAACUCCCACCACCCGGUGAUGGUCAAUGGGUCACAGAUGGAGGAGGAUUCGGCUUCAAGAGGGACUGCUGUUCAGAGGAAACAAUUGCCACCGAGAAGGGGAUCGAGCGACAAUGGAUUCGCCGAGUCAAACGGAGGUCACGUUGGGUCACCUGUAGAGGCUCAUCCUUGGGACCAGCAUCGGGGCUCGCCUUCACCGGUCCACGAUUCACACGAACGCUCGCCGUCCGAUACGGCCACCUCGCAAUUCCCUCUCAACAAUGUCGAUUAUGAAUCUAGCCCCGCUGGGCUGGCACAAGAGCUGAGCAAUCUACAAGCCUUGAGGAGGAUGUCCAUGAACGUUGGGGCUACCGACGACCCCGACCUCCCGCAGAUCAGCGCCGCUGCCAUGCCGAAUGCGCCGUCAUCCAGUUCGAGCGAAGACGAUGCCUCUCGUCUUUUUUGGGUCCCAGCCCGCCUCCAUCCCGAACUAGCACCCAAGGAGUUCAAGACAUUCCUCGAAAGUAAGGCGGAACAAAUACGGAGAAGAUCAGGAGAACUAUCCGCCUUCACGUCUCCUUCUUCGUCGAAAUCUGCUUCGCUCAGCCCCGAUGGCGUAAGCCCCAGCAGUCUGCGACGGAAGAAAUCGAUGCUGUCGCGUCAGAUCGAUAGUUCGGUAGGAUAUCAGGAUGGCGCGGAGCGGUUGGAAAGGAAGAAGUCACAAUCUCCGAAGUCCGCCCUGCCAGAUCCCAAUUUACAGGAGUUGGAAACCUUGGUUGCGACCACGACUGGGCUCUCCAACUUGAGCUUGGAAAGGCCAAUGGAGGACGAAACUGGCGACAUUAUCUUACCCUCUGUGCCAGGUUCUAGUCUGAAGAGAUCUACCCGGACCACGUACAGACGAGGUGGAAGUGUCAAAGGGCGAGGAGCAGACCGAGGGACUUAUGCUCAACGGGCAGCCAGAAGAGCGGCCGCCGAAAGUCCCACCAGCAGCCGACCAGAAUCACCGGAAGCAGCCGUGCCUGCGAUCCCAGCUCUCCCCAACUUUGCAUCCAUGGAUGUGUCAAACCUGGCACAAACAUUGAAGGACCCUGCUGGCUCAUCCACGGCCGCAAAAACUGCAGCUCCCAACUUCUCCAGACUUGCCGGCCGGGACGUGUCCCCUCCGUCGUCCGUCCAUACGGCUUCUCCUGUCCCAUCCUCAGUCGAGUCGGUCUUCAGUAAUGAUGACGUUUCCAGGAGACCAAGCACUGCUAGUAUGCCUGAGAUGCGCAAACCGCUACCUGUGUCGAAGUCCCCACCGCCCACGACACCUUCUUUCGAGCGGAAAUCUGUACCACAAAUCGUCGAAGUGCCCCCGCCAGAGGAGCCACAGAAGCCUGUGCAGCCUCCACGAUCCUCAUCCAUGCAGUCGCCCGUUGCCCCUGUCCAGCAACCUCCCAUGAGACAUCCAGAAAGAGUGUCUUCUCGUGAUGACCGAAGUAAAACAGCUUCGCCGCAAAGGCCGCCCAUGCCUUCCAAGCAAUCACUGCCAUCCCUUACUGGACGAUCCCCGUCUGCCAAUGCUAUGCCGCCACCUUCACGACCAGCACAAAGCCUUGAACAGCCUUCUCCGCUUCCAGGAAAUGACACGAACACCAGCAAUCUGUCGUUUAUCCCGACGCUAACAGUGGAUAAGCGAGCAGAUAAUAAGAAGAAGGAAGAUGGCAAGAAGUCGAGUUGGAGUUGGCUUUUGGGUAAAGAAGAUGGUGACAAAGAGAAGCCUGAGAAACCCAAGGCCAAAAUCUCGAAACCUCCGCAGCAGCACGACAACACAAGAUUGGACGUGCUUCAAACCUCUAUCGAUGGUGUCGGGAAAGGCCGCGAAAGUUUGGUGUUAGAUCGAGAAAGCUUGAAACUGGACGAAGAGCGCAAGAAGGAAAGCCAGAGAAAAUCGUCCAGUAGUGGCGAGUCCAAAAAGGAAAAGGAAGGAUUGUUUUCAUCCAUCUUUGGUGGGAAGAAGACCAAAGCCGAGAAGGAAAACAGUUCCAAGAAACACCGCGACCGCGGAUUGUCACCGGAGCCGCCUUAUCGAGAACUGAAGCCCGACAUUGAUUACAACUGGACUCGGUUCUCCAUCCUGGAAGAAAGGGCCAUCUACCGCAUGGCGCACAUCAAACUGGCCAAUCCCCGGCGAGCCUUGCAUUCGCAAGUGUUGCUGAGCAACUUCAUGUACAGUUACUUGGCCAAGGUGCAACAGAUGCAUCCCCAGAUGAACUUGCCGACAAGUGCCAAGCAGCAGCGACAACAGCAACAACCACAACCACAAGGUCAAGCUGCUACUAGUACGCAACCAAAGGACCAAGAGACGGAUGAGUAUGCCCAGUACCAGCGUUAUCAGCAGCAGCAGCUGCAGCAGCAAUCGCAAUCCUCUGAUGAGCAGCAGCAGCAGCCGUAUAGUCCACAGCAAGGGGCGAACGGCACCAACACUGGCAGCGGUGAUACAAUUAUAUCUUCCGGUUAUGAAUACCAGACUGGGGCGGAAGGGCAGAGUCCAAGUCAUGGUCAUGGUCAAAGGCCAGGGUCCAGAGGCAGCAAGUUUACUGUGGAAAGUAAUGUGGUUGUGUACGGCGUUAGUGGUGGCGGAGGAGGAGCAGCAGCAUCAGGCGGCGGCAGGCAUAGUAAUCAGCAGCAGCAGUAUUCUCACAGCACCACCAACAAACACCACCAUCUCCACCGUGACCACCAUCAACAGCAACAGCAACAACAACAACAACGACAGGGACACCAAUAUGGGAUGUCUCAUUUGGACGACGACGAUGACGACGACAUGUGGUAA